AUGGGGAGCAGCAACACUGAGAAGUUUUAUAGGAUCCCCAAAGGAAAAGGACCACACUCAGUUGGAUGUACAGACCUGAUGACAGAAAAUGCAGUUGAGGGAAGCUUCCUGCGCCUAUAUUACCCAUCAUGCGAUGCCACAGAUAAUGAGGAGGCACUGUGGAUUCCAGAUAAAGAGUACUAUCAGGGACUCUCUGACUUCCUUAAUAUGCAGAGUUAUUUCAGUAAUAACAACAUAUGCUUCAAUUUUUAUCUAGGUUCAGUGACCUGUCCUGCGAAGUCAAAUGCUGCUUUUAAGCCAGGAGAAAGAUACCCACUCCUCAUUUUUUCCCAUGGACUUGGAGCUUUUCGGACGAUCUAUUCUGCUAUUUGCAUAGAGAUGGCUUCCCAGGGCUUUAUGGUGGCUGCUGUGGAGCACAGAGAUGAAUCUGCUUCAGCAACAUAUUAUUGUAAAAAAAAGUCCCUUUGUGAACCACAGAAAGAGUCUGAAUCAAACAUUGAGAAGGAGUGGAUCUACUACAGGAAACUAAAAACUGGAGAUGAAGAGCGGUGUUUGCGCCAUAAGCAGGUGCAACAAAGAGCACAGGAGUGUAUCAAAGCUCUCAAUCUCAUUCUUAAAAUCAAUUCAGGAGAGGAAGUAAUGAAUGUACUAAAUUCGAACUUUGACUGGCAUAGCCUAAAGGAUUCUGUUGAUACUAGCAGAAUAGCUGUGAUGGGACACUCUUUUGGUGGUGCUACAGUUAUUGAGAGUCUCAGCAAAGACAUAAGAUUCAGGUGUGGCAUUGCCCUCGAUGCAUGGAUGCUUCCUGUCAGUGAUGACAUUUACCAAAACAGCAUCCAGCAACCGCUGCUUUUUAUCAACUCUGAAAAAUUCCAGUGGUCUGAUAACAUUUUAAAGAUGAAGAAGCUCAGCUCCAAUGACACAAACAAGAAAAUGAUUACCAUCAAGGGAUCGGUCCAUCAGAGCUUUCCUGACUUUACCUUUGUGAGUGGAGAAAUCAUUGGGAGAUUUUUUAAAUUAAAAGGAGAAAUAGAUCCAAAUGAAGCUAUUGAUAUAAGCAAUCAUGCUUCAUUAGCCUUCCUGCAGAAACAUUUGAGUCUUAAGAAAGAUUUUGAUAAGUGGGAUUCUCUUGUGGAUGGCAUAGGACCCAAUGUUAUUCCUGGUACCAAUAUUGACUUACCUCCAGCUGAACCUGAAUAAGGAGCACAAAGAAGUACUGAAAAUGCCAUGGACAUCAGGACACUAAUGUUGGCCCGACAUUGCUCAAUAUGAUAGCAUUGGCCAUUGGAGUACGGAACAACACAAAAGAUAAGGUAUUAAGUUACCUUAUAAUGGAAAUGUAGAGAGAGGUUUUAAUUCAAAUGAGUUAGUGAGAUAAUCUGAAAUACUGUAAGAGUAACCUUUGGUUUUUGGAAAGAGUGCUUAAUCACAUGCCUGAUUUGGGUUUAGAAUCAAUUUUGCAGAGAGAGAUUAAGCUCCAAGGAAUUCAUCUGACGUUCUACUUACCAAACUAAGUCAAGCAGGCCUUUUAUUGCAGUGUAAUAAAAAACCCAAUUAUUAAACUGCUUAGUAUUUCAGCUCUGCUCUGACAAUGAUUGAGAGCUGGAGCAGAGUUUUUCAUCCUGUCAGAGAAAUCCCAGUGGAAGGGCCUCAAAACUCUUCUUUUAACAAUCAUCACAGUAAAAGCUAUGGGCAACAGUUUAAAGUAACAAAAAAGAAAGGUUUUUGUUCAGGCCUAGGCCUCCUCAUCUCAUGUGAACUUAAUCCAUUUAUAUUUAAGAUCUGUUUACUGCCAUACUCUGUUUCCAUUCCAAAAGCUGCUGAAACUGUCACUCUGGUUAUAGCAAUUGUAAUUCUCCUUAAGCAAUGCUUCAGUGUCCGUCUUGUUAAUCUCUAAUUACCACUAUCACUCAGUCACUGUUGUAGGUGAAAUUACAGAAGAGAUGUGUCAUUUCUACCACUCCCUUUAAGGAGCAUGUAAGCAUUGCUUGAUCAUGUUGAUGUCUCUCAUGGUUGUAGUACUCUACGGAUACUUGUCCAGGUACCAGCACUGCUUUCUGUAUCUGUGAGUAGAAGCAAUUGACUAUAGGGUAGACUAAAAAAAAAAAAGGCUAUGAUUGUUAGAACAAAACUCUUGGAAGCUGCCACAAGGGAGGGUGACUUCUCAAUGAACAAUCCUUCCAAAAGGGGGACUACUUUGAACUGUAGCCUAUUUGUUUCAAAAUCAAGUAACAAACAAAACAAGAGGCAUGCAGAACAAGUAAAGCAGUUAACAGCGUAAUUAAAUAUUCAUAUAACCUGUGAUCUUAACAUGAGUUUGAAAGAUCUGACUUGU